CAAAUGAUCACCUUUCUUUCUUUCCUGGUAGGAUUUGUAGAUACUGAGUCGAAGUUGGGGCUAAUCCACAUCAUGGAAAUGGAAACCACUGAACCUGAGCCAGACUGUGUAGUACAGCCUCCCUCUCCUCCUGACGACUUUUCAUGCCAAAUGAGAAUCUCUGAGAAGAUCAGUCCAUUGAAAACUUGUUUUAAGAAAAAACAGGAUCAGAAACGAUUGGGAACUGGAACCCUGAGGUCUUUGAGACCAAUAUUAAAUACUUUGCUAGAAUCUGGCUCGCUUGAUGGAGUUUUUAGAGCUAGAGACCAAAAUGCAGAUGAGAGCAGCUUACAUGAACGUAUGGUGAAAAAACCCCUGGAACUCAACCCAUCAUGUUCACCAGCAGAAAACAGUAUGUCUGUCCUGAUUCCUGAUGAGACAAAUGUUGAGGGCCAGUUACCAGAAGCUCAUCCUUCUACUGAUGCUCCAGAACAGGUGGUUCCAAUCCAGGAUCACAGUUUUCCACCAGAAACCAUCAGUGGGACAGUGACAGAUUCUACAACAGGACACUUCCAAACUGACCUUUUGCAUCCUGUUUCAGGUGAUGUUCCUACUAGUCCUGACUGCAUAGACAAAGUUAUGGAUUAUGUUCCAGGAACUUUCCAAGACAAUAGUUUUACAAUCCAGUACAUUUUGGAUACCAGUGAUAAGCUGAGUACUGAGCUCUUCCAAGACAAAAGUGAGGAAGCUUCCCUUGACCUUGUAUUUGAGCUAGUAAACCAGCUACAGUACCAUACUCACCAAGAGAAUGGGAUUGAAAUUUGCAUGGACUUUCUGCAAGGCACUUGCAUUUAUGGCAGGGAUUGUUUGAAACAUCACACCAUAUUGCCCUAUCAUUGGCAGAUCAAAAGGACAACCACUCAGAAGUGGCAAAGUGUUUCCAAUGAUUCUCAGGAGCACUUGGAAAGAUUUUAUUGUAACCCAGAAAAUGACAGAAUGAGAAUGAAGUAUGGAGGACAAGACUUUUGGGCAGAUUUGAAUGCCAUGACUGUAUUUGAAACAACUGAAUUUGACCAACUACGAAGGCUGUGUACACCACCCUGUAGUAAUACAAACGCUAUUUACAACACAUAUUGGAAAUUCUUCUGUAGAGACCACUUUGGAUGGAGAGAGUAUCCUGAGUCUGUUGUUCGAUUAAUUGAAGAAGCCAACUCUCGGGGUCUGAAAGAAGUUAGAUUUAUGAUGUGGAACAACCAUUACAUUCUCCACAACUCAUUCUUCCGGAGAGAAAUAAAACGGAGACCCCUUUUCCGAUCCUGUUUCAUACUGAUCCCAUAUUUACAGACACUUGGUGGGGUUCCCACUCAGGCUUCUCUGCCUCUUGAAGCAACUUCAUCACAAAUCAUCUGCCCAGAUGGAGUAACUUCAGCAAACUUUUACCCUGAAACAUGGGUUUAUAUGCAUCCAUCUCAGGACUUCAUCCAAGUGCCUGUUUCUGCAGAGGAUAAAAGUUAUCGAAUCAUUUACAAUCUUUUUCAUAAAACUGUACCUGAAUUUAAAUAUAGAAUUUUACAAAUUUUGAGAGUUCAAAACCAGUUUCUUUGGGAAAAAUAUAAAAGGAAAAAAGAAUAUAUGAACAGAAAAAUGUUUGGCCGUGACCGAAUAAUAAAUGAGAGACACUUAUUUCAUGGAACAUCCCAAGAUGUAGUAGAUGGAAUCUGCAAGCACAACUUUGACCCUCGUGUCUGUGGAAAGCAUGCUACAAUGUUUGGACAAGGCAGUUAUUUUGCAAAGAAGGCAAGCUACUCUCAUAACUUUUCUAAGAAGUCCUCCAAAGGAGUCCAUUUCAUGUUUUUGGCCAAAGUGUUGACUGGCAGAUAUACAAUGGGCAGUCAUGGCAUGAGAAGGCCCCCUCCAGUCAAUCCUGGCAGUGUCACCAGUGACUUAUAUGACUCUUGUGUGGAUAAUUUCUUUGAGCCUCAGAUUUUUGUCAUUUUUAAUGAUGACCAGAGUUACCCUUAUUUUGUUAUCCAAUAUGAAGAAGUCAGUAACACUGUUGCCAUUUGAAAACCUUGGUACUACUAAGUUAUUUGAUAUGAACUCAAUCCAGCAUUUGUAGCAGGUUUGGGUGGGACUGGGUGGGAAACAGCAUUGAACAGAAGUAGAAUUCUUUUCAGGCCCAAUUUUUUUAAGUGCUAGAAAGUAAUUUUUUUUUUUAAAGAAAUAAUGGGUUUUUAAAUGGCCACUCAUUAUUUAAUUAUUUACUAAUUGUUAGUGUACUCAGUGUGGAAAAGACUAAAGAGUGCAUAUUCUUCAUUCACACUUGUACAUAUAGGCAGCAAUAUUAGUAGAAGUGUUUGGAGACAAAAACAAAAACAACUGACUAGCCUAAUUAAAUGUUGCUUGGGUCUGGUAGGAGUUUGGUCAAAACAAAUAGAGGCUGUGAGCAAAGUGGGGAUUCUGUUUACUUAACAUUGAUAAAACCAACUGGAACUGAUACUACCAUGCUUAUUACCUAUCCAAAGCAUUAUGUGUUAUACUUUGGGGUAGUAUAGGUUCAUGUAAUUUUGGAAGGUGGGAAGAAUUUUUCAUUCUGUGGGCAGAACUGAAAUACAUGACCCACUCAGAAACCUCCAAAAUUUUCCUGAAAAUUCAGUAUCUAUACAGAGGAAGUAAAAUAAUAACAAUAAAGGAACCAUUUGGAAAAAAUUGUCACCAACAAAAUUUCCAUUAAUUAGUUGUGGAGUGUGAUACAUGUGUUAAAUUCAGCCAUGGAAAGAAAAGUCAGUUUCUUCCAAUGUUGCCCACUACAUUGGUUAAAGCCAGUCUAGAGGGUUAAAAGUACUUCUUUUGGAAUUCCAGACCUAGCCCCAGACUGGUAUUAAAACAAUAGAAGACAUCUACAUCCAAAGUGAAAGGCUGCUUACUGUGCUUUGCCACAGCUGCUGAGUUGAGUUGUUAAAGACAGCAAGCCCACCCCUAUGCCUGCUUUGCCAGAUGCACUGGAUUUCUUGGCUGACUCUGUACCUUACACUACUUACUUUAAUAGAAACACAAACUUGGAAAUAGUGCCACUGGCCCAGCAAGAGCAUUGUUGGGUGAAUGUGCUGUUGCCUCAAUUCACAGAGGUAGUACUUUUAAGCAAAGUAAAAACCUGAAUAACUAAAGUGAAAGUGACUGUUCAUAAAAUAAUUUACCACAGAAGUCCUUCAGAUACCAACCUCUCCUUGUAUGUUUGUGGUUAUCUCAUUUACCCAAACUUUACAGGAAAUUCUUUGUUAUUUAAAGCAAAGUAUAGCUGUACAGACCUCUCAGUGAAUCAGUCUGUUUAAGCACUUACCAGGGCUUCCACAUAAUUAUUUAUUUUGCCCUAGUUGUUCCUGUUGUUUGCUGCCAUUGGCAGGAGGAAAAGGGCAACUGUGGCAGUCGUUCAUUCAAUUAUAACUUGUAAACCAGUGAUUCCCAAGUCGUUUUCAAGUUAAGACAUGUUACCAUUGCUUGUUUGAUUUUAUGGAACUUGUUCCUUUUUUUCUCCCUAAAGGAAACAAAAGCUUUAUGACAUAUUUAUUUUUUUAAUAAAACUAAGCAAAAAUAAAAGUUAAUUCUUUAAAACCUU